AUGACCUUCUACGACAUCGCCCUCGCACCCCCCAUCCAAAAAAGCGCCUGCUCCCCAAACCCCUGGAAAACCCGCUACGCCCUGAACUUCAAAAACACUCCCUACAAAACAACCUGGGUGCCCCUAGCCGACAUCAGCUCCGUCCGCGGCGCUUUCAAUAUCCCCGCCUCGCGCAAAUUCGCCGACGGAUCCCCCUACCACACCCUGCCCGUUCUCUCCGACCCAGCCACCGGGCGCAUACUGGGCGACUCCCUGGAAAUUGCGACAUACUUGCAGAAACAAUACCCGUCCUCGGGGGCGGGGGACUUGUUCCCGCCGCAGGAGCUGGGGUUCGUCUUUGGGCGGGACUUAGAGCUUCACGCACCGAUUGCGGAGGCGGCAGUGGAGGGGCAUAUUGCGGCAUACGCGAAGUUUAAUACGAAUGUGGAUGCUGCGUUUAGUGCGCAUGCGCAGCUAGGAGUGCAAGAGUUUCCUUUUGAUCCUGCUACUGCAGAGGAGAACAAGGCGGAGUUCUCACGGAGGAUUGGAGUGCCGUGGGAAAUGCUGGGGAUUAGUGGGGAGGAGAGGGGGAAGUUGUUGAGGUCGUUUGAGGAGACCCUAGGCGGGCUUGCGAGCUUGUAUAACAGGAAUGCGAGUGGGCCUUUUCUGAUAGGGGAUAGGGCAAGUUAUGCUGAUUUUAUUGUGGGGGGAUGGUUGCACUGGGCUCGGGGCACAUUGCCAGGGGAGGAGUGGAAAGCGUUGAAGGGGUGGCAUAACGGUAUAUUUGGAAGGUUGCAUGAGGCGCUAGAGGUGUUUGCGCAGAUUGAUUAG